AUGUCGCCCAUUGUCAAAAGCCCUGACUGCAAGCCCAUGCUCUGUCAUUGCAAAGUUGCAUGCACCAACAACACCUUGUCGUUGAUGUUCGGAUGCAAGCAGUAUCGCUAUGAAGAUGAGGACUCUCCGCCUGAGCACGGGUUCCCGCGGCUGACCAACGAGGUGCGCGCCCCUGAGUUGGUGCACGUGUCGGAGAAGAACCUCUCAGAGAUUGAGAAUGUGCAUGGCUAUGUGUCCCACUCCCAUAUCUCCCCGCUCAAGGUUGAAUCUGAAUGCGUGUUCGAUGGGCCACUGGGGUUUUUGCCCAUUCUUCAACGCAAAACUGCUCCAGCUCCUUCAACACCUUUAAAAUCACCCUAUCCCAUGAGUUUAGUCAAUAUACAAGCGAGUCCCGCCCCAAUAAUUGUCAACACGGAUACUCUGGAGUCUGUACCUUACGUCAACGGGACAGCAAUUGAAUACGAGUUUGAAGAAAUCACACUAGAGCGGGGGAACUCAGGGUUGGGCUUCAGCAUAGCUGGAGGGACAGAUAACCCCCAUGUCGGCGAUGACCCAGGGAUCUUCAUCACCAAGAUCAUCUCUGGUGGCGCGGCAGCAGAGGAUGGCAGGUUAAGAGUGAAUGACUGCAUCCUGCGGGUGAAUGAUGCCGACGUGUCCGAGGUGUCCCACAGUAAGGCUGUGGAGGCGCUAAAGGUGGCCGGCUCCAUCGUCAGGCUCUACGUUCGGCGGAGGAGACCCAUGCUGGAAACUGUCAUUGAGAUCAAACUCAUCAAAGGACCAAAAGGGCUGGGCUUUAGCAUCGCAGGAGGGGUGGGCAACCAGCACAUCCCGGGGGACAACAGCAUCUAUGUAACUAAGAUCAUAGAUGGUGGUGCAGCACAGAAGGACCAGCGCUUGCAGGUUGGAGACAGGCUGCUUAUGGUGAACAACUACACUCUGGAAGAGGUCUCCCACGAGGAGGCAGUAGCCAUACUGAAGAACACGUCUGACGUUGUCUACCUGAAGGUGGGCAAGCCCACCAGUGUUUACUUAUCAGAUCCCUAUGGGCCACCUGAUAUCACGCACUCGUUCUCUCCAGCAAUGGAAAAUCAUAUCUCUUCCGUGGGAAACAACGGCACUCUGGAAUACAAGUGCAGUCUUCCCCCCAUGCCCAUCUCCCCCGGAAGGUACUCCCCCCUCCCAAACCAACUACUCGGGGAAGAGGACAUAAACAGGGAUCCCAGGAGGAUGGUCCUCCACAAGGGCUCCACAGGCCUGGGAUUCAACAUCGUGGGCGGGGAGGACGGAGAGGGCAUCUUUGUCUCCUUCAUCCUGGCGGGAGGGCCCGCCGACCUAAGUGGAGAGCUGCGGAGGGGAGACCAGAUCCUGUCGGUUAAUGGGAUCGACCUACGCGGGGCCACCCACGAGCAAGCUGCUGCAGCGCUAAAGGGGGCGGGCCAAACGGUCACCAUCAUUGCCCAGUACCGUCCCGAGGAGUACGGGCGCUUCGAGGCCAAAAUCCAUGAUCUGCGGGAACAGAUGAUGAACCACAGCAUGAGCUCUGGGUCCGGAUCCCUCCGAACCAAUCAGAAACGCUCCCUUUACGUCAGAGCACAGUUUGACUAUGAGAAGGCCAAAGACAGUGGCCUCCCUAGCCAAGGCCUCAGCUUUAGAUACGGGGACAUCCUCCACGUCAUCAACGCCUCAGACGAUGAAUGGUGGCAGGCCCGGAGGGCGACCCCCGAUGGGGACAGCGAGGAGAUGGGGGUCAUCCCCAGCAAGAGGAGGGUUGAGAGGAAAGAACGAGCACGUCUAAAGACAGUGAAGUUCAAUGCCAAACCUGGAAUCGAUUCAAAAGGGUCAUUCAAUGACAAGCGUAAAAACAACUUCAUCUUUACACGAAAGUUCCCAUUCUACAAGAACGAGCUGGGUGAGCAGGAUGGCAGUGAUUCCGAACGGAGUCAAGAGGACAUGAUUCUCUCUUAUGAGCCUGUCAUUCGACAUGAGAUUAAUUACGCCAGACCCGUCAUAAUCCUUGGACCAAUGAAGGACAGAAUCAAUGACGACCUGAUAUCAGAAUACCCUGACAAAUUUGGCUCCUGCGUGCCACAUACCACUCGAUCAAGAAGGGACUACGAGGUCGAUGGGCGGGACUACCAUUUUGUAAUGUCCAGAGAGCAGAUGGAGCAGGACAUCCAAGAGCACAAGUUCAUAGAGGCGGGCCAAUACAACGACAAUCUGUAUGGAACCAGUGUUCAGUCGGUCAAAUAUGUGGCUGAGAGGGGUAAACACUGCAUACUUGACGUGUCGGGGAAUGCCAUUAAACGACUACAAGUAGCACAACUCUAUCCCAUUGCCAUCUUUAUAAAGCCUAGAUCCAUCGAUUCAUUAAUGGAGAUGAAUAAGAGGCUAACUGAAGAGCAGGCCAGGAAGACAUUUGACCGGGCCAUGAAGCUGGAGCAGGAGUUUGCCGAGUUUUUCACAGCCCUUGUUCAAGGGGACACCUUAGAGGAAAUUUAUAACCACUGCAAAAUGGUGGUAGAAGAGCAUUCAGGACCCUACAUCUGGAUCCCGUCAAAGGAGAAAUUAUGA